AACGCUUGUAUCCUUUCGAAAAGUAUUUUCUACUUAGUUCAAUUGUUUAGAAAAUGUGAAAGUGUUCUUGCCCAGAACUUUAAUUAAUUUCAAAAUGUAUGAGAAUUUUAAAAUGAUAUUCUAUCUAUAAAGAAAAGUCUAACGAGCCCUUGAUAUUAUAAAAUGUUCAACUAAAUAUUUAUGGUCACGUAGAGCCCAUGAGAAAUAAAAUUCAAAGUUGAACAUUAAAAAUUUAAUAAGAAAUAAUAAUGUAUGCUAAAGUUAAGUUGCUUCCAAAUACGAUAUACUAAAUGCUACUACGUUGCUUGUUUACCUACUAAAUGUAACCAAAAUUUAUUUGUCAUUGACACUAGUUGGCAAAAUAGUAAAGUAUAAACAAAUUUAAUUUAAUGUCAAAACAAUCAAUGACUAGAGGUAAUUUAACAUUGUAGUAUAAAAGGCAAAUUAUUAAACCAUCAGAACAUCACAUCACUUACAACAGACAACUAGAAAAGAACAACGACACUAGAAGCAGAAAUCAUUAACAUGGCCAAGUUUUACACAACUGUUGUAAUUAUUGCCAUUGCAUUGGCUUUGGUCGCUGCUGAACCUCCACGCUUUAGACAAUCGAAACGUUUCGGCAGUUUGAAAAUAAAAAACAAUAGAAAAGUAUUGGCUCGCCAAGAACAGGCUUCAGAGGCAGCACUUUCUUCGGCCCCAUAUCCACCGGCUGGCGUGACUCCAGAAAUUCCUUUUGAUUUACCAACCGAAACUGAAGCACCUGUUGCAGAACCUGCUGAUACCUACGGUCCACCAGAACCAACACCCGAUCAAACUUAUGGUCCACCAGAACAAACACCCGAUGAAACCUAUGGUCCCCCAGAGCCUACACCUGAUGAAACUUAUGGUCCACCCGAAGCCGAAGAAGUUCCAGCAAUAACUGAGCCAGAUAAUACUUAUGGUCCACCCACAACCGAUGAUCAACCUGCCAUCGAAGAGCCAGAAGCUGAAGAAAUUCCCCAAUCCGAAAGUAAUUUAGUUUCCGAAAAUCUUAUUCAACCCAGAAAUAAGAAUAUUCGUGCUCGUUCACGAUCUGCACCACUUCGCUCCCGUGUUCCCGCUAAACGCUCACGUUCUGCUGCAUUGCGCCAGCGCAGUGCACCUGUGCAACCACGAUUUAAUACUGUGGAGAUUAUACAUUCAGAACCAGUUCUCAUUUACACUUUGCAUUAGAAAAAGUGUUGUAACAUAUAAUUUACAUUCAAACGAUUGCAGAACCAAAUAUUACGAGUUUCCUUAUUAAUUACGAAUUGUUAAGUUUUCACUUUAUGUUGUAUUUUUUAAAAUAAAAAAAAUAUUAAAAAUUUUAA